AUGGUUGCGGCUCUGACGGGAACUGCUCGGGGAGACAACGACCCGAAAAGGUAUGUUCCGCCUGUUAUGCCGCCUGUUGUGGAGCAAUUACCCCGCGACUACACUUCGAGCGGGGCGGUUUCUACGAAAAGAGAGUGGGCUUUCAUGUCUGAAGACUCUCUUGUUGUAUUCAAAGACUCCCCUGGUCUUCUCAAUCUUGUCGGGGCCAAGAUUAUAGCUGAUUCAGCUGAUUUCGCUGGCGUUCAUCAUGCAGCUCGGGCACUAGCCGAGGACUUUGGUCGAGUUGUACGAGGCAAACCAAGUUCAUUUGAAUUGGUACAAGAAGGCCGCCUAGAAGCACCGGCCGCUAUUAUCAUCGGGUGCAUAGAAUCAUGCUGGAUGAUUCGGGAGCUGGAGCAGGCGGGGAAGAUUGAAACUGCUACAAUUCGAGGCAGGUGGGAAUCUUUCAUCACUUGUGUUGUUGAUGACCCGCUUCCUGGAUGUGCUAGGGCCUUGGUGAUUGCUGGGAGUGAUAAGAGAGGAGCAAUCUUUGGGACAUACACCCUCUCAAGCCAAAUUGGAGUAUCACCCUGGUAUUGGUGGGCAGAUGUCCCUGCGCAGUUCCAUCCGGAGAUAUAUGCGCGUCCAGUACGCACUACUCAGGGCGAGCCGAGCGUCCAAUUCCGUGGAAUUUUCCUCAAUGACGAAGCACCGGCACUAACAGGCUGGGUGCUGGAGAAUUUCGGAAAAUACAACAGCAACUUCUACAAGAAAGUCUACGAGUUGCUUCUGCGAUUAAAAGCAAACUUCAUGUGGCCCGCGAUGUGGCCGGGGUAUCCAAACCCUGGUGCUGUAUUCUUCUUGGACGAUCCAGAGAAUCAACGUAUCGCAGAUGAAUAUGGAAUUUGCGUUUCCACUUCCCAUCACGAGCCAAUGCAGCGUGCUUCGACUGAGUGUUCUUCCGCGAAGGCGUCCAGCGUGCAAAAGGGCCUCGAAUCAUAUUUCACUCUAGGCAUGCGCGGUGAAUAUGAUAAGCAGAUGGUUACUGAUGAUCCGGGUGCUGUCAUGCGAGAUGUCCUGCGAGAACAGCGCGCUCUUUUCAAGGAAGUACAUGGUCGUGAAGAUGCGGUACCUCAGGUACUGGCACUGUACAAGGAGGUGCAGGAUCUCUAUGAAGCUGGAGAAUUUACAGUUCCAGAGGAUGUGACGCUUUUAUUCGCGGAUGACAACUUUGGAUCUUUGCGUCGCCUGCCAUCAGGGGAGGAGCAGAGCAGGUCUGGAGGUGCAGGAAUAUACUACCAUUUUGAAUACGUUGGCGCGCCACGGAGCUACAAGUGGAUCAACUCAAACUCAUUGGGUAAAAUCUAUCACCAGCUGUCUCAAGCAUAUCAGAGAAAUGCCCGAAAGAUCUGGGUCUUUAACGUUGGCGAUAUUAAGCCAAUCGAGGCCCCCCUUACGUUUGCGAUGGAGAUGGCAUGGAACAUCGACUCGGUCCAAAUGAAUACCAUUCCUCAGUUUUUGGGAAGAACCGCGGCCAGUUACUUCAAAUCCAGCUUGAGUCUUGAAAUUGUCUCUAUUUGGCAUGAAUACGAUCGACUCGUGCGCAUGCGAAAACACGAGCACAUUGAUCCGGAAAGCUUUGCCUUGCUACACUACAAUGAAGCCGACAACAUUGUGACUCGAUGGCAGAACCUGGAGUCACAGGCACAGUCAGUAUACGAACAAGUAUCUGAAGAGCAGAGACCGGCAUUCUGGGAGCUUGUCGUUCACCCGGUAAAGGCAAGCUCUAUAUUCACCCAAUUGAGGGUAGUUCAAGCUCGAAACCAGCUUUAUGCGCGCCAACGGCGGAACACAGCAAACAAACUUUUGCGUCAAGCCCUUGACCUUUUUGAUGCGGAUUUCAAGCUAUCUCAAGAGUUUCACUCGCUCCUCGAUGGAAAGUGGAAUUACAUGCUAUGCCAACCGCACAUGGGAUAUGGAGAUACAUGGCACGCGCCUUCGCGUGAUGCCAUCUUCGGUCUCGCAUACGUGCAGCGACAUCAAAAUAGCAAUAUAAUUGUUGGGCAGAUGGGAGUUGCAGUGGAGGGUCAUGAAGGUGUUAGAGCUGGACGAAUUAAUGAGGAGAGUGAGCGAACACAUCCAAGUCGACGGGAUCUUGUUCCAGGGCUCACACUUGGCCCCGUGAGUCGAUAUGGUCCGACCAAGAGAUGGUUUGAUAUUUUUACCAGAGGCACGCAAAUUAUUCAUUGGAGCGUCUUUGCUCCUCAUUCCUGGAUUCAGCUUUCUGAAACAGCAGGCACCUUGUUUCCCGAUGGCGGUGAUGUGCGCGUUUGGAUAACGGUUGACUGGGAGCAGGUCCCGGUGGAUUUCGAUGACGAGGUUUUGAUCAGUGUUUUAUCUAAGGAAGGAGACUUUGAACAUGUUCAUCUGCCUCUGAAUGGUCAGAAAGCCCCUGAAUCGUUCUGUGGCUUCGUCGAAUCGGAGGGCUGUGUAUCUAUCCCCGCUUCAGGGGUGGAGACUAACGCACCAUACCAGCAUCAUCCAGAACUUGGCCGUUCAAGCGAGGGAGCGGUGACUAUUGCGGGACUCGGCUUUGGAGACGAUGCUUCUGUGCCAUGCCUUGAGUACCCGGUCUACACCUUUUCGACGUCCUCGCCAACCUUGACUCUGAUCUUCAACAUGACUCUUGAUAUCGACCCCGCUCAUCCUAUGUCCUACGAGUUUGCAAUUGAUAACGAGCCCACACAGAGUCAUCUGUUGCUGCCAAAAUCUCAAGAGAAAAGAGAUAAACUUCCAGCUGAAGGCUGGCUGGACGCUGUCAUGGAUUGCGUUUGGAAACGCGAUCACGCUCUCACCAAGCUUGAUCCUGGCGCUCACAUCAUCAGAGUCAGGUUAAAUCACUCAAAUUUGCUGUUGGAGAAAAUCGUGUUAGAUCUUGGUGGAUUGAAAGAGUGCUACCUCGGACCUCCACCCAGCAUUUUAAUCGCUUAG